UCCCGCGUGGUGUCUCGCUGCUGAACUCUUUAUCCGGUCACUCCACCGCCCACCGCCGCCUCGCGCCUCGACCGCUCGUCUCGCGGCUCGUUUCCCGUGCGGAUUAAAGCAAAACGACUCGACGACGGCAGAGCGAUUUGGCGGGCAGGGACGGGUCGAUUCUACCGAUUUGUUUGCGCGAUUUAAGCGGAAAAGACCGCGAGGCGGGCGGGCAGAAGACGUCGGUCGGAUACGGCUUGCCGAGCCCGGUUAGGAGGCGACGAGACUCGCGAGGUUUCUAGGAAAGACCGUAGGCUUCGAGGCCUUUCGCCGGCAAAAAAAAUACGGUGUUUAAUUUUGCCGAUUUAUUUUAGUUUUUUAUUUAAAUAGCUUAGCUUUAUUUCGCCCCUCUUUAAACGACAUUUAGUUUAUUUUGUGAUAGAACGGUGUAAAAUGUUAGGGUCGUACGCCGGUUAAAAUAACUAUACAGUGCACAGGGAGUGCUUAUUACUGUGUAUGGCAUAGACAGGUAAGAGGCAGGAGAAGACCGCUAACUUUCCCUCGUGUCGUUCUCAGUUUAGUUUGAAGAGUUUUUUGGGUUUAAUAGCACCGCUGUUUGAUUAAAAGUGCGGUAAUGUGUAAAUGUUUUAUUUAGGUCACGUGCGUGGUCACAACUGCAGUACCGCAUCUCGCGACGACGAUUGUCGAUUAAUUCGGGGCGACGCGAGUUUUUAGGUCGCACGACUGUUUCGACAUUCUUCUCUUACUAUUCUAACGUAAGUCAUUUUAAUUACAACACUGUUAGACAUCUACUUGCAUACAAACGUCUCGAUUUCGCCCGCUUUGCGGUUAAUUAUCCGGCAGGAGUGUACGAUACGAAAGGGCGGAUAGUUGAGUACUGUACACGUGCGGACCAGCAGUUUUUCCUCCUUUGUAAAAACAUUUUUUUUAAAUAUUAUAAACAAUUUACAUUUUCACAGUGCCGCUGUUUUGAAAGGUAGAACAUUAAUAGGCGCGCGGCCCUUUGAUUUCAACCUGCUGCGAGUAGGCAGCGUUGGUCAGCUCCCUUGCGGCAGUUUCACAUCGGCUACCACCCCCGGGGGGGUGGAAAUCGACCAACAAUGGGGAAAUUCCUCUCCAAGAUGUUCGGCAACAAGGAGAUGCGCAUCCUCAUGCUGGGCCUGGACGCUGCCGGCAAGACCACGAUCCUGUACAAGCUCAAGCUGGGCCAGCCCGUCACCACCAUCCCCACGGUGGGCUUCAACGUGGAGACGGUCACCUACAAGAACGUGCGCUUCAACGUGUGGGACGUGGGUGGCCAGGACAAGAUCCGGCCCCUCUGGCGGCACUACUACACGGGCACGCAGGGCCUCAUCUUCGUGGUGGACUGCGCCGACCGAGACCGCGUGGACGAGGCUCGGCAAGAGCUGCACCGCAUCAUCAACGACCGCGAGAUGCGCGAUGCCAUCAUCCUGGUGUUCGCCAACAAGCAGGACCUGACCGACGCCAUGAGGCCCCACGAGGUGCAGGAGAAGCUCGGACUGACCAGGGUUCGUGACCGCAACUGGUACGUGCAGCCGGCGUGCGCCUCCACGGGCGAUGGUCUCUACGAGGGCCUCACGUGGCUCACGUCCAACUACAAGUCGUAGCGUGGAUGGCGUGCGUGGCUGCUCAAAAGGACUCCAUCGUCGCCGUCAUAUCGUCAUCAUGAUCGGUGGCAACAGAUCACUGCACCAGAUGCCACGUACCACUAUUCAAGGCAACCGGCCAUCGUCAGCCCGAUAGGUGAGGAACGCACCUUGGACUGCUUGGGCCACUGGCUGACAUGUCAAUGUGUUGUGCAGUGUGGUAUUUGGUGGACAAAACCACUACCGUUCAGCAACAUUGUCCGCCCGCUCACGUGGUGAGGAGAUGGAGACACUUGGGCCACCGUGGAGCCGACAUUGGUUUAUCCCCUGUGAACUGGAGAUUUGGUGGCUAAAACCGAUCGCCAGCAUUUUUCACCUGCUCACCGGGUGACACAGAAACACCAUCUGCCUGAGCUCAAGUUGCCAUCAACUGAAGCAGCAGUGUGAUGAAUAAAAAAUAUAAAAUCAUUACUUGCCACCAACGCCUGCUUGCACAGAGAGCUAACACUGAGACACCUGAAUCUGCAUUGUUGGUUGCCAACAUUUACACACCCUGUCAUUCGAGAGGAAACCUGACUGCCUGGGCCUCCCUCAUGUGAAGUUGAUUGGUCAGGUGUUCGCUUUGUGUGUUCAGUGGAGGUGUGGUCGUCUAUCACGUUGCUGCUCACCAACGGAAUAGAAAAUAUUAAUAUUGAUUUGGCCCUAAUUUGGGCUGAAGUUUGUUUUUAGUGUAUGGUGGCUAAACCCAUCACCAACAUCGCCGUGACUCACGAAGCCACAAUGGGGUCAAUGACAAGAAACUUGGUCCACCUUUGUUUCGAAAGAAUGAAGUUGAUGUCUCAUUUACCCCAUGUUUUUGUACGAGUGGAUGGUGGCCCUAUUGCCAUAUUUAUCAACCAAGCUUGGGUUUGUGACAAAGAGUAUUUGCCAAGGCAUCUGGUUCUGCCUCGUGUUGGAGUAAGAAGGCAGGUUGGCCUUGUCAAUGACCGAGAAGCUGCGUCACCUCACAUUUCUUCCUGGUGUUUCUGAGACAACGGUGAACCCAGCUCAGCCUUGGGACGUGAACAUUUCCACCGGGCAGACUGCUCUGCUCUCCCGUCGUCGACAACUGAGAACUCUGCUGUCUUGACUGACCCCUUUGUUGCUCUCUUGAACUCUUGAGGUGAAACAAUCCCUUUCAGGAACAAGGUGGAUCAGUGGAGUGGCACCGGUCUUAGAGGCCAGAGGAGCCAGGCUUGUCUCCUGCCACUCGUUGGACCUCUUUGACUACGCUGCUGUGUCUACACCUGGAGUACUUAUACCACAUAUUUCGAAUUAUGUACGAUGUGUUUGACGAUGAAAAUAAUGGUAUGACAAGCACAUGCGUCUAUUUUUAUAUACGUGUAAAGUUGUACUUUUGAGUGCGCUUCUCAAACAGUACCUGGGUUCUAAAUGUGGUUCAGGUCUUUGGCUCUCGUGGUGGGUUUUAUGGCCAUGCUCGAUUGUUAUUGUAUUCUCUUAAAACGAGGACACACGUGCACACAAUCAUCACUGAGCGAGAUAUCUAGUGCAGUAUUUGCAGUAUUUUCUGACUUCAAGAUUUGGGUUUUCAUUAUGUUGUGUAAUUAUUAGGACUGACGAGAGCUGCAGUUUAGGCCCAUAACGUUUGCUCAGCAGCAGUUACACGAUUGCAUAUUCAUUGGUAACCAACAACAAAAAAUCCAUGUGUUGAGACUGGCACUUAAUGACCACAAUUGUGUGUGUGUGUGGCUGUGUAUGCUCGUGUAGAUGUUUUGCGUACAUUUGCGUGGGUUGUGUGUAUGUAUAUGCUUGACAUUGCUUGAGGUAUUGAAAUUUCUAUCUCAGCCCAGGAAUGGUUCUGUCUUAGGUCCACGAAGCUGAAAGCGAGUUCCUGGUGGUGUUGGGUGGUCAGUGUCAGCAUAGGGGGGACGAGGGGUUUUCGAGCCAUACGUGGUUCUGGCCAUGCCCCAACACCUUGUGCUGUGCCGGUCUGCUGAAGAGGUGCUCAUGAACCAGCACUUGUCCCAGCAGUCAUCAAUGAUGGAUCUUUUGUGUUCAUAAGUUCGUGCGUGCGUGCUUGUGUGGGUGUGUGUAUGCCUGUUAUGUUGGCAGUUGGCUGACUGCGCAACUGUCGGGGCUGAUCUCGUAAUAGCUCGAAGCACACGGCGACGCAGCGCUGCUGUUGAAACUCUCUCUGCCGCUCGCCAAUGUUUCCAUCGCAGAUCGUACAAAAAAACCAGAGAUCGUAAAGUAAUAACACAGUACUUAACUUGUGUCCGCACGAGAUGGGUCUAAAACCAGCGGGUUCUAAUAGACGCUGGCGCAAAUAAGAUAUAGAUUUUAUUAUUAAAUGUUAUUAUUUUAAAGAAAUAACUUGUACAAAUGGAAUUUGAAUGUCAAGGCGGCGGUUUAAGGCGUGGGCGUUUUCGAUUUGAAUGCGGCUUUCUCUGGUUCCCAGCGAUACUGGUCAGGAGUGUGGUUUACAGUGAUCAUUUGGCCCAACUGGAAACCACAUUGAAAAUACUUGAUCACCUUUGUCGUUUAAGUAACACUGCCUUAUGAUGCACUGAAAGAUACGUGGCAAGCUACUAUCUCAGUCGGUGGUCUCUUCUUGCUUUGUCAUAGUACGGAGCAGACAAGUGCCAUCGGCCAAAAUGCUAGCUUGCUCCUGUUAGCUUUGUUUUGGUUUAUAAGGCUGUGUUUGUCCAUAAUGACAGUGGCACUUUCAGUCGGUGAUUAUGCUCUGUUGCCUAGGCAGUCCCUGAAAUGUUAUUUGCGAUGGCAUGGUUGCGCGUUACAUUUGGCAUUUUACUUUUUCUAAUGAGUGACGCCACACGAGCUGAAAGGAACACCUUGCUGGCUCGAUUUUAAUGGUGCGUUUAAUUUAAAUCUGGUAUCAUUUGUGGUGAUGCAAAUCAUGGAUGAACCGACCCCGCUAAAAUGUAUCCAAUUGGUCACAUUGGAGAAUUAAGGCAAUUGCUAUACAAAAUAGAUUUUGGGAAAAUAAAUUGUGUGCUUGAACUUGUUUGAGCGAAUUAAAACUGGAAACCCAUGAUCCUGUAUCACAAAUUGGAGCGAUACAAAACAUGUAGUAGACCUAUCUGAUACAUAAUUGGACUUUUAAUUUAAAAAACUGAAAUUAGUUUUCACAUUCAAAACUUCAUUCGGAAUGUUAAAUUGGAUACGCCAUUCACUUGUUCACCUGCGGUACGGGUAUAUGGUUCCCAAAACACUGACGCUUUUGUUAUUCCUUAUAUACCAAUGUACAUUGACGCUAUUAACGUGUCACAGUCGCCUCUUAAGUAAAUUGGUUGUGUGUGGGGUGAUGCUUACACUCGACUGACCUCAAAUGCAUGGUGUGUAAGGUCAUACUUGUUUUUUAAAGGUCUUCUAACUGGCCAAAAAAAUGUAUGUUGAACUUGGGGAUCAUACAACAUUACACCAUUUUCACAUCAUGCAUGGGGUAUUAUACACUGUUGCCUAUCCUCACACCCCUCGAAUUUUCACCAACUUUAUUUUGAAAAAAAUACAUUCGCAUGUCUCCCCUCUCCCAUCCCAUGGUUGUGAUUUGUUUACGUGUGAUAAAUGGUGAUGUUGAAUGAUCCCUAAAUGCGCUGAAUUUGUGAUCGCGAGAAGGCUGCUUCUGCUGAUAACUGGCAGCAAAACCACCAGGUUGCUGCUAUUUUCCGUGAAGCAGUGUUUCUGUCUUCAUGCAGUGAUUUUUUUUUUUUACACAAAGUGACAGCCGACCGUUUGCUGCCCUGUCGCCUUACUGUCGCACGGUGCAGCGCUGUGCUCUACAAUUUCCAGCGAAAGCUGCGCAACAAAGGCGCGACGAUUGUCGAUGGGCUAUCGACAACGAGUAUGUUGUCAUAUCCUGCUUUGGCCAUGUAGGGGAGUGCCAUUAGCAAGCGAAAUAAAAAGUGAUGUCAUUAUUAAUGGCCUGUGCUUUUAUAGACUCAAUUUGAGGCCAUGGUAAACGGGGAAAUUGUCACAGACUGGUUACUGGCAACACGUUUAGUUAAAGUUUGUUCAGUUGAUUAUUGUUUAACCAGCUGAGAACAUGAGAGACCAAAAUAUUCUUAUUUGCAAGAGUGAUUUGGGGCAUUAAUCUGCGAUGAUUGCUGCUAUAUAUAAUCUCGAUUUGAGUAAUUUUACAAGUAACUUAGAAUUCGACAAAUUUCAAUCCUAUUGCGAAUGACGACAGAGGAUCUUUACCGUCCACUGUUGAGCAGAUGGUGCGUAUUGUCGUGGUUGUUACACCCACGGUAAUAACCAGGGUGGCCGCUGAAUUCGACCCGUGAACUUUUGCAACAAGUGGCGAAUGCGCCACCGCUUAGGCCAUUCUACUAUUAUGAUGAGCAACUGUGGCAACCUGGUACACGGCAGUGGCACAGAGUGAUGAUGGAGUUUUGUUCAGGCAUUGGAAAAAUUAUUGUUUGAAGACGUGAUGAACAUUCAAAGGUCAUGUGUUCGUUUUUAAUCUGAUUGUAAGUGUUCAUCCGAGUUGCCCAUUAGGGGAGCCAGCAAUCAGAUUCUUUCAUAUUUUUUACAAUGCUUUUUACAAUGGAACUAUUACUGGUGAAAUUGUCAGACACGCAAAUAUUAUUCUCAAAUGUUCCCACUGUUAUGACCUUUGGAUGCUUCGGGUGACAGUCGAAGUGAAUUGCUGGUUCAAAAAGGUGACUAGAGGCUUACCUGUGGGAAAUUUAAAUGGAUGUGCUUUUAUUGUGGCUCUGGUUUUCAGUCAACUCCAUGUAAACACUCGUUGCAUUGGCCUUUCAAAACCACCUUGAGAUUGUCUUUUCAUACAUUGCUUGCAGUGAACAUCAAUCGUUUGGAAGUUCCACCAUGAGAAAACGCUUAUUUGAUUUGGUGUCCGCUUUCUGUUGCUCUGGGCUGCUCUGUAAAAACCGUAAUGUGUGAGCUAAUACGCGUUCCACAACUAGACAAAAGGCCCGAUUUGUAAGGCUUUAGUGAUGGGGCAUUUUAGUGCCAUAAUGGGCACGAAGGUCAUAUAUCGGGACUGGUUUUUAAUCUGCAUCUCGGAUUUAAUCGCUUCAUUGUAUUGUUUUAAUUUCCUCACUUUUAUUUUCUAUAAUCUCAUCACCAUUACUGCCUUUUAAUGUAUGGAUCUUUAAAAAAAAACUUUCGUUGCAAAGUGAAUUGAGGCUUGUUAUUCUGUAUCAAUAAGUUUAUGAUAAUAUAAAAUAAAAUGCAACAACCCUGUUUCGACUUAACCUGACAGGUCAUGCCUAUCUUUCACCCACCAUGGUGUAAAAUGUGCCUCGCAGUUAUGCGAGCAGAACGUUGGCCUCCACGUGGUGACCUGCACACCAGUUGACCCAUGUCACGUUGGGGUGUAUCGGUGCUCGAAUGUUCUCUAACUCUAGGCCCUGGGACCCACCAACCAAACCAAUCUUUCCAAUCAGACCGGUAGAGAGAGUGUGUGUGUAUGUAUAUAUUGUGAACUUCACAUAUCGGCCAAUGCCCUGCAUUUCAAAGAGUAACAUUGGUAGACUUGGAAAGUUGGAGCUUUGGUGGUUCACCAAGCCUGGACUUAAAACUGCUGCUGGCUGAGAGUGGUGGUGGUGGCAGCAUAUACCCACCUUUUGUUAAUCCAGCGACUCUGAGAUGGGAUUGGUAGAUCGUAUAGGAGUUCUGAAUUUCUGCUUCUAUAGCAAGAGAUGUGGUGAUGUGCGUAAUGUGCCCAUUUGCUGGGCUAUAGGAUGGGACUGUAGGGGUGUAUACAGAAAGUAGGGUUGUCCUGUUAUUUGCAGAGGCUUAGGGCCAGAUUCACAUCUUGACGAAUCGUUCAAAAUGCGUGACCUUGGUGGUUGUCUCCAGAGUUAUUAAUGGAGACCUGGCCACAAUUAUGUACAAAUAAAAUCGGUUAAAACAAACAUUUUCCAACA